UGAUCACAGGCUCACUCACUCAUUCACUCAUUCACCCCUCCAGUCUCAAGUCUCCUCUCUUACUUUUUUCUCUGAAUUAUCUGGAUGUUGCAGAUCUUUUGCUUUAACUUUUUUUUUAGCAACAGAUUUGAUUUUAAACAGGAAACCGAUCAUCUAAUCGGAUUGUUUUAAAAAUCCACCUGUGAUUUGCAUUAAUCUCUUAGAAUAAUCUGCUUCCACAUCAUCAUCAUUAUCACUUGCCCCCACAACACGGAUGUGCAGCUUCACGCGGCGGAUAUGUACCAGGGCAUAAUGACCACCAACCACGGACCCCCUUCCUAUGAGGCCGGAUUUCUGCACAACGCCUCGGCGGGCACCUCCCCGGUUUAUGUGCCCACCACCCGGGUCGUCACCCCGAUGAUCCCGUACCUCCAGACGCCCGGUGCGUCGCAGCAGAGCAGCCCCGUGUCGAGCCACUCUGCCUGGGGGCAGUCGGGCGCAGACUCGGUGCCCUCGUACAACCACUCCUCCCCGGUGUCUCCGCGUUUCAGCUUCUCCACGAGCCCGCCUCUCACCUCCGGGGUGGCCGCGGUCCGGGAGACGGCAGCCUCCGCGUACUCCAGCCCGCUGAAUAUCUCUGCCAACGGGAGGGAGCACUACGGCACCCCCCGGGGCCUCGGCGCGUCCUACCACAGCCCGUACACGGCCUACAUGAGCCCGAACAUGGGCGGAACGUGGUCGGCGUCCCCCUUCGACAGCUCGGUGCUGCACGGUCUCCAGACCGGUGCUACUCCAGGCGCGGCACGGCAUCCAAACAUGGAUUUGUUUGACGACUUCGCUGAGGGCCGAGAGUGCGUGAACUGCGGGGCGAUGUCGACCCCGCUCUGGAGGCGAGAUGGUACUGGCCACUACUUGUGUAACGCCUGCGGCCUGUACCACAAGAUGAACGGCAUCAACAGACCUCUCAUCAAACCCCAAAGACGACUGUCUGCCUCCAGAAGGGUGGGCCUCUCCUGCACCAACUGUCAUACCACCACCACCACUCUGUGGAGACGAAACGCAGAGGGAGAGCCGGUCUGCAACGCCUGUGGCCUCUACAUGAAACUCCAUGGGGUACCGCGGCCUCUGGCUAUGAAGAAAGAGGGAAUCCAGACCCGCAAACGCAAACCCAAGAACCUCAACAAGUCCCAAACAGGGACUCCAGGUGGUGAAGGAACUCCAGUCACACCCAGCAACAGCAGCAGCAGUAGCAGCAGCAGCACUCUCCGCACCUCCACAUCCACAUCCACCACCACCAUCAACAGCAGCAGUAGCAGCAGCAGCAGCAGCACAGAGGAGCCACGUCAGAUAAAAACAGAGCCAGGGGCUCACAGCUUGUUCACACACCACAGCUCACACACACAGAUUUCAGCCCUGCCAGCCUACAUGACUGCUCAAGGUGGAGCCAUUCCUCUUAAGAUGACACCUGGCAGCCACAGUGGGUCUUCUGGCUCCAAAGCUGAGCCCUGGAACAACCUAAUCCUGGCUUAGAAGACCUACAACCAAGAAUCUCAGACUGGUCCACCUACACCAGUGAAACUCUCCUGACAGACUCUUUGGAAAGUGGUGGAAAGUGGUGGAAAGUACUGCUCUGGAUGCAAAAGAUCCCACAUGGGACAUGGAAGUGGGAGUCACGACAUGAAUGGAAACGUUAAACAUGACUGCACAGCUACUUAGACAGUUGUGAACAAGCAGCUCUUGUGAUUAAAACCUGGUUAAAAUGUUGGGUCUGACACUCAACUGUAAAAUAAGCCAUUGAUAGAAUAAGCCAGUGAUGAAUAGCUUCUUUUUUUUCAUUUUUAUUUCAAUACAUUUUCUUAAUUUUAAUGAUUUGCAUAUAAUUAUUAUGGACAAUUUGCCAAAAAAAGACAUGUAUGAUGAAUCACAGCAUUUUGAUGUCAAAGUUGAAGUGUCAUAAAGGGUCAGUUUGUAUAAAUAAGAAAAGUAACAAGUAUACUAUAUAUUUUCACGUAUACCCUAGUGGUACAUCUGUAAAGGACAUUUGAACAUCUCAGUCGAGAGACAAGACAUGACUAAAACAUAUGUGCUGGUUACUUGAUAAAUCACACACCUCUGCGUGGACACUUUUCAGUAUUUUUGAAUGUGACUUCAUCAGAAAACGCCAGUAUACUGUUUUUUUUUUUGUGCUGUUUUAGGCAAAUGUAGUAUUUUAAUGACGAGCACCUCAGUUGUAAUGGGGUGUCAGCAGAAGUCUUAGCAGCUUGUAUCUCCACACCACAGAAAACACAACUAUUGACAUCCAUCACUCCUCAACACCACUGAUAUGACCCUCAGUAAAAAAAAGAAAAAAGUACACAAUCUCAUCAGUGCUAUAGGAACUGCUCCAUAAUGACCUGGAAUAAUAUCUGGACCAGUUUGCCUUUCUCCUUUAGAUUUUAAAAUGUUUAAAAAAUGUAUGAAAAGAUAUAACAUGAUAAACUACCUAUGGAGCAGAAAAGAUGCACAUGACCAGUAUGAUGAGGAUGGAUGUACUGUCACAUGGCUCCCUCUGCUGGCACAAAUAUAGACGUGCAUCCAAAAGAUUCAAAAGAUCCUGCUACUAUUUAUUAUAAUAAUAGACAUAACUCAAACCACAUUUAUGACCUAUUACAUCAAGAAUGUGUACUGUAUAAAAUCAGUGAUACUGCUUUAAUUUGCUUGUGACAAACAAGGGAGGGAGCAUUUACGUGUGUAAAUGUGGGAGAGCGCGCACAUUUGUAAUUACCAGAAUAACUACCAUGUAUGUAAAAAGUCCACUCCAGUAUAAUUGUGUAAUACGCCAUUUGUGAUAUAUUGUAAGUAACGCGAGACAUAGAUAUGUGUAUGUGUAUUUGUGCGUGUGCACUAACUCUACCCGACACCCUCGUUGGCUCUGCUGAGGAGCCUAAUAAAGACAAAUGCAAAGCGAA